CAGCAGAGGAGACAUGGGCCUUGAACAGGAAAGCCAGAUGCUCCCAGGCAGAGCAGGGUGCCUCCCGCCGCACUGAGGCUCUGACUUUGCCCGGGCUGAGGGACCACGCACAGUCCGGAGAAUUCAAGAAACAGAGUUUCCCAUUUAGGAACAGAUGGAAGCAAACCACUGCUCACCUUGACUGAUUUUGAAGCAGCAAGCUGGGUCAACGUGGAUGGGAGACCACCAGGAGAUCCAACUAUUAAAGGAAGUCAGAAAUCAUUCCAGAAGAGGAAAUUUCAUCUGCACUGUUGCUAAGGAAACCACAUGGAUGCUUUCCAAGAAGUCCCCAGGAGUCGAGCUAAACUUGAAGUAGCAUUUAUUAUUACCACUGGCUACAUCCAUGCCCUCUGUGAGAGAAACAGCUGUUUGCUUGCUGAACGUUUGCUCGGGGCCACCUCACCAGCUCAAGCUCUGGGGGCAUCUGAACCAAGACAUGGUUCCAUCAGCACCUCUUUUAAAACAGUCGGGACUCCUCCCUUCUUUGUGAUGGAGACAUCACUGUCCACCUGAACAGCCCAGAAGAUUGCAUAAGUGGUGUUGCUCCAGGAUCCACAGAGCAGAUCCUCGGUCAGCAUGCCAAAAGUACUUGGCCUACAUCUUCAGGCUACGGUGGUUACCUCUCUGAUUCUGUUACAGUUAGAGCAUCUGAGUUCAAACAGAUUUGAACAGUCUGGACUGCAGCAGAGAAUUCAGGCUGGGCACUCACGGACUCUUGAGAUGCAACAAACUGACAUCCAGCAUUGCAGCACUUCGGCAGCAAAGCCAGCCUUCUGCCUCUCUGCCUCUGCGUUUUGCAGCAUCCUCUCCACCGCCCACCUCACCAUCAUGGCCAGCACCGUUUCAGCUUACAAAGAGAAAAUGAAGGAACUGUCUCUCCUUUCACUGAUCUGUUCCUGUUUCCACACCCAGCCACAUCCAAAUACCAUCUACCAGUAUGGAGAUAUGGAGGUCAAGCAAUUGGACAAGAGGGCUUCUGGCCAAAGCUUUGAAGUGAUUUUGAAGUCCCCCUCUGACUUGUCCCCUGAGAGCCCAAUUCUCUCUUCUCCCCCCAAGAAGAGGGAUCUGUCCCUGGAGGAGCUGCAGAAGAGACUGGAAGCUGCAGAAGAGAGAAGGAAGAACCAGGAAGCUCAAGUCCUGAAGCAGCUUGCAGAGAAGCGAGAACAUGAGAGGGAGGUGUUGCACAAGGCCCUGGAAGAAAACAACAACUUCAGCCGGCUGGCUGAGGAGAAGCUCAACUACAAGAUGGAGCUAAGCAAGGAGAUUCGUGAAGCUCAUCUAGCUGCCUUGAGGGAGCGACUCCGUGAGAAGGAACUGCACGCGGCUGAAGUGCGCAGAAACAAGGAACAACGGGAAGAGAUUUCUGGAUAAAAGGCUUUUCUACACAGCUAGCACCUGCUUCCUAAUAACUAACAAACAAAUCCCAACUUCUUUUUUGUCUAGACAGGGCAACAUCUGGUUUCUCCAUUUCUUCUGUCUCCCCGUUUUCCUGCCCUCUGGUGUACAAGCUACAUAUCUUUCUCCUCUCUGUAUCUUUAACAUGGAGGUUCAUAGAGACCUCCCAGCAGAAUAGCAAUUAGUUUACCUUGAAUAUAGAAUCCAUAAACCAGCUUUUCUUUGGGCUGUUCAGAAAAAGCAAACAUUUAACGCACAAGAACUAAGGUAACACUUGGAAUUUGUUUGGCAACAUUGCGAAGGGCUGCUCUCUAUGAACCCUCAUGGCUCUAAUUAUUCAGCCCCAGCCAAGGGACAGUAUGAGACUGGCAAAAGAGGAUCCUUCCCUAUCAAGAAUGGCAACAAGGCCAAUCUCACACAUAAGAAAUACAUCUUAAGUGCACUCUGCAAACGGAAAAGCAACUUUCUGUUUGCAAGCACGUGUAUUGUACGCAUGCAUCCGAACCACAAUUUGCUGUGGCUUCUUCCUUCAGACCCCCACCUUGGUCUGCCUGUAUAUGGGUAAAAAAAGAGGCCGCUGCUUUCUUGGUGGUGAAAGUUAUGACUGGAUAGUUGAGAGACUUGAGUAAAAGACAUCUCCUGCAGCUUUGUUUUUGCUUUCUUGAUUGAUUUACAGGUUAUGGUAGGUUUAUUUAAGAGGCUUGAGUUUGAAGAGCACAUUAAAAAAGCAAGAGAGCAGACAUGAUCUGUUGCCCUAAUCAGCCUCAGACCUAAUCAGGCUUUUAGACCGAAUGGUACUUUAUUUUCAGAAGCUCUCUCUCCAGGUUUAAGGAUCAUGGGACAGCAGAGUCAUAACAUAUGGCAUGUGGUCACUGGCAUCAUGUGCCUGGCUAGACAGCAACCAACAAGAUCUUAGCUAAACAUUAUUCCUGGAGACGGUAAGCUAAGUUCUCUCUAAAGAUGGAAGGGUCUUGUCAGAAGCACUGCCUGGUUUUUUUGUAGAAGGUCCCCUGUAGUAAAGAAUAUAAGAAUGGGAUAAUUUCAGCUUCAAUUAAGUACAGUGGGAGGCUGCCUCAAAUAAAGGAUUGAGAAACAUAAAGAAACGGGUGAAGUUGCAGAAGUAAUGGAAUGCUAAAGUGAGUGAAUGUUUUGACUGCAAUACUGUCUCCCUAUCAAAGGUAGGGUGUAAUUUUGGCACAUGUAAUUUUGAAUAGUUGGAAAAACUGUAAGAGCUGAUUUUCCCUUUAUUUUUUCAAACUGGAUCAGGCAGGUACCCCAUUUUGAAUGGCAAAAUACAUGCCAGCAUCUAUCAAGUGUGACUCUUACUUUUUUCAUUUAUAGUUCAUCUUUCAAUUUGCAGCUUACUUUAAAAAAAACAUCAAGAGAGUAAAAGGCUUAUUUAAAUUGCAGGAAAGCAAACAAGAAGCCAGGAAAAACAAAAGAUGAUCAUCCCAGCAUUAUCAGUUCCCAAAUGUCUGAUGAGAAAAUAGGCCUUAUGAAGGCACGCUGAAAGAGCUGAGCUGUUUUAAUGUGCAGACGUUUCUAAAUUUGCUGCAGCGUAUAAUUCAGCAAAAAGGACCCAUCAAAUAUCAGAGUGAGUGCCAUUUCCAACUGACCUUCCCAGAACUUGAAUCAUGACAUUUUAACCAAAAUAUAUAAAGUGGAAUUUUUGCACCAGCUCUUCUAGGGACUCGGUAUGUGUUGGGUGAAGUGGGAGAGAUCUAGUGUCAAUUUACUACUCUAGCAAGUUGUUCUCUGAGUGGUGUUGGCAAGCUGCUCAGCCCGGGCUGCUGGAUUGCUGCGAGACUAGAACCGUCAAGCUCUGUGGUCAGUGAAUGAAGAUGUAGGAAUUGUAAUAAUAUAGGCUGACUUGCAUCGUUGUCAUCAACAUCACCACCAUCACCCAGGGCAAAAUCUGAUCUGGGAUGAGAUUCAUUUUAGUACCAAAGAUCAUAUGAACAGUCCUCUUGGAUCAGGCCAAGUCUCAUCUUAAUCCAGCAUUAUCUUUUUCCCAGACGUUUCUGGGAUGUUCACAAGGAGAUGGAAACUGAAUUUCUCCCCUAGCUGGGUCCCUUCCAAUUGGUAUUUCGAGGCAGGCUGCCUCUAACCUAGCGAUAACAAAAUCUUCAAGAUCAAGACCUCUUAAUAGACUAGUCCUCUAUUAAUUUAUUCCAUUCUCUUUCAAAGCCAUCCAAGUCAGAGGCCAUCUCCAUAUCUUGUGGUAAUGAAUUCAACAGAUUAAUUAUGUACUGUGGUUGGCAAAAGGCAGCUUACUUUUCUAUUUCCUGACCCUGUAUUUAAGAAGUUAAAAGUAAUUCCUACUGAGCUCAAAUAUUACUUCAUUAUAUUAGAGUUAAUAUUAAAUAUUAAUAGGGUUAAUGUGUGUCCAUAGGUUGCAGUCUCAGUAUUCCCACUUGAAGUCUACAGAUCACGUUUCAUUUUCUAAGCCAAAUGAUUUUGGUAAGUCAGGAACCAAGGUCUACAUUUCUGCAAAAGUGCCAUCUUUCAAUUACGUUGCACAGAACAGAAACCCCACCUCCCGUGAAAAGAAGAGUGAGAGAGAGAGAGAAUAUGUGAGUUUAUGGCACCAGUGUCCUGAGGGGAAGAAAGAGACCAACAUAGGUUUUGAUAUUGCUGUGCUAAACAAGGACAUUGGUUAGACUUAUUAAUGCUGGUGACAUUUUGUCCCCCCCCACCCCAAUUUCUGUGAUUUAUGCUUCUCUUCCUUGUGAAUAACCUAUGCAAAUCCAACAUUAGAGUUUUGGGUCGAGAGUCAGCAGUAAAGCAAAUAAUCUCAAUGCAGCAUCAGAACCCUAGAUUUGGAUGACUCUCAAGGCAGGGUUCAAACUAUUCCAGCGUGGAAAGCCUGGAGACUUCUGCCUACCACUGUCAGAAAUAUUAGGGUAGAUGAACCAGGGCUGAAUUGGAGUAAAGCAGCUUCCCGUCUUCUUCUGCAAGUUUUUCCAGAAAACUGGCAGGAAGAUGAAUCCAUAUUCUCCAAGCCAUGCAUGGGUUCCUGAAGAGCCAUCCAUCAUAAAUCCUAGCUUAUUGUAUAGUACAGGCUUUAUAUUGUAUAAAAUAGUAUUUAUGGCUAUACGAAAGUGAGAUGUUAUCUGAGCUUCAUGGCCAACAAUUCAAAGGAAUUCCAAAGACCCUAGUUAGUGCGUGGGUGGGGGGAGGUUAUAAUGUAACAUAACUGCAGCCAACUUAGUUGAUAUAAGAUGAAAUUGUCUUGGGACCCUCUUGAAAUAAAAAUGAAAUUUACAGUCAAAUGAUUAAGCUUAACAAUGCUUUACUUUCCUUCCACUUUCAAAUCCCUUAAUAACAUUACUGUCCUUUUCAUCUACUACUUGGGGAUGAUAUCAAGAAAAUUUUCCUGCCUCUGAAGGGGCUGGGUUCACUUUUGAGACAGUCCUCAACAGUGCAACAAACAGUAAAUGACCCCUUCAUUUCUUUUAUUAAUGGAGCCAAGAAUAGGACAAACCCCAGAAAAAUCUUAGCUGAAGAUCUGCCUCCUGCAAAUUUCAACAGGAUUUUCCUGUAUAAUCAAGUGGUACCCAAUUCCUUAAUAUAUUGUUGUGAUGGCUAGCUGAUAUUUCUUUAGUUAUGUAUUUAUUUCUAAAAAUGAUCAGUGGCCCUAUAGCAGCAACUCUCAGGGUGAGAUACACUAAAUAUAGCUAAAAUAUUUUUUAAAAAUUAAAAAGCUAAUUAACAGCCACUGAACAACAGACAUGUAAAUACUGCCUACAUGAAAGGCUGUACUUAAGACUACUGUGGUGACCUCUUUCAAGUAGCAGUUUCAAUAAAGAUUUUGCACUGUAAUGUUGUUCUCUCCCAUAAUAAACUGAUCCCAGUUGAUAAAAUAGGAAAUAAACUCCAAAACAUGACUGGUUCACUAGGCCCAUGUUGGAGCUAUAUUGGCCACAGAUGCCAAAAUAGCUGCAAGGUCUCAAUGUAUUAUUUACUUAUUAUUAUUCUUUAUUUAUUCAUUUAUUGAAUUUGCUGCAGGUCUGAAUUUGAAAUACAAAAUUAUACCCCAGUGCCGACUUCCUGACUAGUGUACAUGUAUUCUCCCCUUGAGUAACCAUUACCCAGUCUUAGUCUGGCAUUUCCGUGUUUUGUUUUGUUCUAUGUUCUCCUGGAACUCUAAAGCUUCCUGUCUUUAUAGCCUCUGAUCAGAUCUCUGUUGUGCCUUUUCAGGCACCAGGAUAUGGCAUUUCAAGAACCAUGCUGCCAUUUUGUAAGUACUAGUGAUGUUCAUAACAUAACUUUGGGGAUGCUUGUGAAUUCUCGGUCUUCUCUAGGUUUCACAGCCUGUGCCUCUUGUGUGGGGCAGGAAUUCUUAUCUUUGGAAUUCAGAAAUGCAACCAACAUCUGUCAAAAAAGGUUGUUUUGGAUCAUGCUGAUGAAGGGCGAGGGACAUUAGGUAUGUCUCAUGGAGAGUAUGUUUAUACAGCCACAUCAGAGCAGUUGCUCUUCUUAGACUGAUGGAAAAAGUAUAGUCUGGUUUCAGAAACUGAAAUAGUCUCUGGGACUGAUGGGCAAGAAGUGAAGUAUUGUAUCACGGAAAGAACGUUCAGGAAAUCUUUGAAGAAAGCGGGUAAUCCCCAAGGAUUACCUGUAGUAUAUAGGAAGGGUGAAACAUACAAACAUUCAAUUAGUUACACAAAGGUGAAUGUUCUACCCACUGAACCCAUCAAAAAGAGCUGGAAGUCAGGGGCACUUAUUUACUUUCCCCAAUAUAUAUCUAGCCUGGCAGUAAUUAAGAAGUCCCGAGCAAGCGUUCUAGCUUCAUAUCCAAAGAAAAGGGCCAUUGUGCUGCAAAGAAUGUUUAGUUAAAUUAGAAAAAAGAGAGAGCCACUGGAGGGAGGCAUCAGUCAGAGUUGAGAGGAAAUGUGCCUGGGGACAGGAUAGAAGAACGGAGUUCAAAAGUUCUAGCUAACAAAUCAGUUCUAAAGAGCAAUCAUUGGUGAGAAGCACCGGCAUAUAAUACAGAAUUGUCUCACCCAUGUUUGAUACAUUUAAAAUGCUUACAUAGGGUUAAAUAAAUUCUAAGGAAAAAUAGAAUUGCUUGUAAAAAAGUGGUUGCUUGUAUUCCCCAGGCAGGACCUGUGAAAAUGUCUGCAGGAUGAUGAUAUCUUAGUUGCUGUGGUGCGGUGAGCUUGUGUGGUGUGUAAUUCUGACUUGCUGUAAAUUUAGGUUUUAGUAUUCUGAUUCUAACAAUUGAUGUUUAUUUCAAUGUUGACAACAACUGGAAAUGCCCUACUCGGGAGUGCAGGCAAAACAGUGCCACAUUCCUGCUUCUAGUUAUCCAUUUGGGGUCAGGUGCGUGGUGAAUUAGGCAGAAAGUUGGAGGCUAGUUUUCAGUAAGAUGAGAGACCUGAGCUCAAGCUGUCCCCCUCCAGAUUGCUGGGAAGGAAGAGAAAGCUGUUUGGUUAAUGUUUUAAAGAAUAUUUAUUUAAUCUGAACCAACAUUUAAACAUUUUGGUACGUGUUUGAAUUGUAUUGGCAGAACCCACUUCAGAAGUAAGAAAGGACCCAGCCUUCACACAACAUUGCUAACAUUGGUUAAGGUUAAUUUUAGUUAUAAUUGAUUUUAAUGUUGUGUUUCUGUGUCUUAGCAUGUUGGGGAAAUGCAGAGUAUUUGAUUGGUUUAGAGUAGAGCUACCAGAUCUGGAUGCCAAAAAUCUAGGCAACCACUAAGUGGUAGUAAAAGAGACUUUUUACUAUCAAUGAUAGUGGUUCCCUGGGUUUUUGCAACCCUAGUUUAUGGUUCAAGGUAUUGUGAAAACUCAGAAAAUGGGUUAGUUCAGUAAACUGUGUCCUGAAAAACAGCCCCAUGAUGUUGCUUGAUGAUGGUGUUCACACAAUACACUUAGCUUUUCUGUGCCAGCACUGCUGGGUGCCAGCCAACGAGACAGGAAGCUGGCUGCCUGCCAUCAUCCAGUGACAGGCAAAGGUCAGGCAGACCCUUUUUAGAAGGUCUUUUUACCAGUAUCUUAAGACAGCAACUGCAGGUGCCGUCAACAGGGUUAGCACAGGCUGAGACCAGGAAUCCAAUCAGCAAGUGACGAGUCCAAGGGAAAAGGCAGGAGACGCGAUGAGGUGGAAUCCAGAGUUCUAAGCAGGGCAGAGCAAGAUAGACAGCUCAGAAAGUUUGUUCUCAUCUCCCAGGGAGCGAGGCCGAUAAAUCAGCCAUGCUGAGCCUCUACCCCAUACAGAGUGGUGGCCCUUGACUCCCCAGCAUUGGUUCUUUGGUUCUGUGUCUUGGGAGGUUUCUCAGAUCUGAGGAGUUCUGCUCCCUUUUGUUGUUGAACCUUUAUCGCGUGCCUCUGUUUAGAACUGGGUGGCUGGACUUGAGGGUCUGAGAAGCUGUUGGUGUGGACAGGCAAGGGGUCCUGGGGGCUUGCUGGAUCUGCCUCAAGCAGAGUGGAGUCAUGGCUUCACCGCGACUGGAAUCACCUGCACCAAGUCUAUUGUCCCUAGAUGCCCUGGCGCUAUUUCUUCCCCAUCCUCCUCAUCUGAGGAUAUGUCCAGCAGGCCCAUAACAUUAACCAGACAGUUACAAACCUAGCAGCUGUGUUUGCACAACAUGUGAAGCUUGGUUAGGGGUUUUUUGUGUGUAUGUGUGUGAGUGCACUGUGUGCUUAGCAUGUUGUGCAAACCCAUCUCCUUUAAUUAGCUUGGAGUUCAGUGUACUUUCCAAUGCCAGAAAAUGGGUUAAUUUAGUAAGUAGGUUAACCAUGUUUGUGAAAAUAGUCAAAGAAUGGGAAAAAUCUGAAGGAACAACACACAAAGAAAGAGAGGGAAUUCAACAACCGGUCAGGCAGAAACUGAAUAAUCUCUUCAAAGGAUGGAAGGAGAAAGGCUGAGACAUUUUGAAAGAUCUCACUCCACCUAGCCUCCUGCCACAAAGAUAAAUUUAGAUGAGCUAAUCUGUUUCCUAGGAUAUCAGAGCAAGGUGCCGUUUUAAUGACAGGAUAUCCAGCUCUGUGGGGGCUUUCUCGUCUAAUUCCAGAUGAUAUCUGGAGGCACUGAUGUGCAAAAUUAUGGGAAGAUGUAGAGCCCAGAUUAAUGUAUGACUCUUCCAAUGUACGUCUUAUGGAGUUCAAUGGGACUGAGUAUAGGAUUACAGACUAAAGGGGCUGAUUUACAUGUCUCUGCUUUUGCUACUCAAUUGGGUGGCCACUAAACGGGGAACUGACUCCACUGAAAAGCACUUAAAUGUCAUGGAAAUGUUCCUGCUGUUAGAGCUAAGGUUGUGCAUACAGAAGUCACAGUACUGUGUUUCAUUCAAAGCAGUAACAAGGAUGGGUGGAUCAGCCUUCAGGCAUCCUUCUCCUACCCAAUCACUUUGAAAUACAUCGGAUUAGACCCUUAAUCAUCCCCAGUGUCUCUGCCAACUGAAAGUGAUGGGCUUUCUAGUCAAAAACAUCUGAUGGCUACGAGGUUGCAGAAGACUCUCUUUGGCAACCAGUGAAUUCUGCCAUGUAGUGUUUAGGUAUAGAGAAUGAACUCUUAUUCUUUCAUCUUAAUUUUUGAGUGCUUCUAAGACAGGAAGUAUAUGCAAGCAAAAAUUAGCUCAAAAUAUGCUGAAGUUGUCAAUUAAACACUAGAGGCAUUUUAUCAGAUAGACUUUUUCAUCAGUCACUGCGAUCCCUAAUGCAAAUAAAAGUAUUCCAGGAGAAUAGCUGGAUACAACAGAAAGGCCCAGAAAUAAGUCCAGUAUCAAUGUGUGUGUUGAAGAAAAUAGGCUUUUCCAUAUAAUAGGGUAUAAUGUGUGCUUGUAAGUGCAAAUCAAUUAUGGGAAAAUACACAAAUGAAAAAUGCACUUGAAAUAAUGAUUUUAAAAAUCCAGAUACACAAACCCAGUUAAAUUUAUAUCAGUGUACUUCCAUCCAAAGUCUAUUGUUUGCUAUGUUAUACAUUCUACACUAAUAACCAAUUCAUUUUCCCAAUGAAAAUAUCACCCACACAAAAUAGAGAAGCCUCAGUAAUCUUAAGAAAAACCAUGAUUUUUUUUAAAACACAGACAAUCUUUAGGGGGAAAAAUCCAAAUAAAGCAAAAUUCUAAACUGGCCCAGGAGGACUAACCAAGCAUAUGGACAGGUGGGGGCAGGGCAGAGAAAUAGGAAAGUGGGACAAGAAAUGGGAUUCCUGCAGAAGAGCACAGCACACCGUUUUGCAGAUCCAAGCCAAUAAUUUUCUUGUGAUCCACUGAAUUUUAUUUUUAGUCUCUGCUAAAACAAACCUCUGCAACACAGGUUACUAGUGGUAGGCCUUUCACUUUGGGAGAUUACGUGCAAAAUUAUUACAACAAAUAGCUAAAAUUAGACAUUUGCUAAAAUUACUUUUAAGUACAAGAGAGGAAGGAAGUAUGAGGCCCUAGGAACUGAAAACUUUGGGGGCUGUUCCGCCUUCAUAUCUUAAUUUUGGAAGUCUGUUCUUUGUAUGGAAAUAAGAACUUUGGAGUUAACUAUAACUUUUUGGCAUUAUUAAGCCCAAGAGAAGGUAACAAUAGCCUGCCUUGUGUUAAUGGACUACAUCUCACACCUAUUUUAAGAAAGCAACAGAUCUGCCUGGGUUUUUAAAAAAAAUCAAACCAGAUUGUCAAAUCUUAAGUCCUCUGAUUCAAAGUCUGUUGAUACAUAAAUUGGUUUUCUUUUUGGAUGGUGUUAUAUUGCUGCGUUGUGAAACAAACCCUAGUGUUAAGAAUAAAUGUAUGUCCUCUCUCAGUGCACAGUGGCUAUUAUCUGAGCAGUGCAUUCAAUACCUCUACAAUGGUUCUUGCUGCUGCUCGGUUAAUAUCUUCCAUUAACUGUAGAUAUCUUCUUGGUCGCCUGACGCUACUGCCUCCGUGCCUCCUAAGCCUAUGUUGCAACGUGUGGUUAUGUGGCUGCGUGUAUUAUAUAGUUGCCAACUGUGACAUCAUAAAAGUGCAUGUAGUGAAAACCACACAUAUGCACACAAAAUCCCUGGAUGGCUGAGGCAAGGAAUGCUUGUUUAUGGUGCUACUGAUAUUACUCCACAGCAGAUUUUGCAUUAAGAACCAGUAAUAGCCUAUACGGACUGAUCAAUGUAGAACAUUGGCAAUGGCCAUGAUUGGGCUUCUUCAAACCGUAACUGACAUAGUGCAAUGGAAAGAGAGCAGUGACCAUUGAAUGCCAGAGAGAAGACUGAUAUCUGGGGAAAAAAAAGGAUUCAAGGAUGCUGGAAUGUAUAUUCUAUUAGAUAGGUGGAACAGCUCUCAUCACAACCUUCUGCUGUUAAGACUGCAAUCCCUGGAAGUAUCUUGUUAGAACUAAAGGGACAAAGAAAAAUGUGUCAGAAUUUCAGCAGCAAAGUGUGCCACUCCUUCAUAUGUAAAAUGGAACUCUUUUCUCUUUUACAGGUGUAUUCUAAAUGUUCCACUAUGAGAAUCACUAUUAAAAGUUGUAUUACUUAUAAUGGUAACAAGGGUUGUCUCCCUGCAGCACAAGCUCUGCUUACAGGAAGUCUUCAAAAUACCUGUGCAGCAAACUUAACUUUUAUGGUGUUUCAUUCUCCCAAGGACCGUCCUCCUGUUUUCUCCUGAAGUCUAGUUAAAUGUUAUUGGCCUUGCAUAAAAGUCACUUCUUAGGGUGCAGUUUGUGCUGUUUUUGUCUUUCCAAAGACGCAGAAAAGUAAGAAAGUGUAAUGGUGUCAUGAAUGGAUUUUUCAUACUUGAGCCUAACCUGAUUCCUUUAAUUUCCCAUGCAUUUCAUUGUCAACUUGAGGUUGUUGUUGUGCAAAAGAAGUGAUUAAUGAGGAAAAAAAAGAAAUAAACUUGGUAUGAAACCACAACUCACCAUUUUUGUUCAUCUAUUGAAAGUUAGUUUUACUAUGGUGGUUUUCAAGUGGUUUUAUGGGAAACCCAGAGAUAACUAAAAAGACAGCUGCCACAAAUCUGGGGAGGCAAGAACUUUAUCUCUUAAUGGAUUCUCUCUGUUUUAUAAACAUUCCCUAAAAGUUUUUUUGAUAAUCUGAUAGACAGAAGACACCCAGUCAGGUUAUGUGGCCAUAUAUAAUGUAAUCUGUUCAAAUACUUAGAGGGUUUAUUUAUCAAAUUUCUCCCUUGCCCAUCUCCCCCCCAAUGGGGGACUCUUGAGUUCUCCACCCUUCCCGUCAGCCCAAUUGUGAGAAGGGGAAAAAAGACAAAUGCUUUAGGUUUACUUGCCCCAAAUCCUACUAGCAUAAUUUUUUAAAAUACGAGUUUAAUAUUAUCAGAACACCAGUUCUGAUCAUUUGCUGUAAUGGUUAAGGUGCUGGACUAGAAACCAGGAGACUGUGAAUUCUCACUCUUCCUUAGGGGUGCAAGCUGGAUAAGUGACUUCUCUCUCAGCCCAACCCACCUCACAGGGUUGUUGUUGUAGGGAAAACAGAAGGUGAGAGUGGGAGCAUUUCAUAUACUGCCCUAACUGGUACAAAGGCACUAAUUGCACUAGUAUAAUAAUCAUUUGAGUUGAAGUUUGUCUUUCAAUGCACAUGCAGCAUUUCUUACAAAGAAGUCUGAGAAAAUUUGAGAAUUCUCGGCUGGGUAUUAUCACAAAAAGAAAUUCAGUACAUUUCACAUAUUAUUUGGGAUUUUGAUUCCUGUGUCAGAUGCUCCCUCACCCAGUACAACUACUGUUUUGCCCAAUGGUGCAGUGGAACUCCAUUUC